GUACCCGGCAGUCCGUGCUCCUUGGUUCCGGCGUCGGAGCUAGGUGGGGCCAGCUUUGCGGACCCCGAAGCUCAGGACGCAGGCGGGGCUUGUGCUCCGCGGGGGCAGGGCGUAGGGUGGGCCUCCUCCCGCCCCUACUCUCGCGGUUUGUUCCGUUUCUUUGGAGCUUUCUGGACCGUGUGCUCGGCAGUGCCCUAGGUGCCGUGGGGCCACACGCGAGUCUGAUAAGCACCCUCCCCUGGGAUCAUGCGGUGCUGUGAGGCCUAGCGAAGAUGAAGAUAGAAUGCAAGGUAGAAAGUGCUGGAUACCUUUAGAAAGCUGCAGGACUGAUGCGAUGGGAGUGGAGACGUAAGAACCUGCCCCGUCCGUAGGGCUGUGGAUGCUGUUGAGGCCCGAGGCCCCUAUGGCAGAUUUGAAAAUUCACCCUUGUAGAGUCAUUCCUGCCUUUGAGCGGACUCCCUUUUAAGUUUACAGAAGCACUUGCAGAACUCAUCAGAAGCCACCCCGCUUAUCAGCAGAUCUCAAGAGAGCGUUCGGUGGAGGCCCUGGGUCUACACAGCUCACCUCCCUGGGAACUGCUUGCCUGAGCGUCGGAGCCGGCGUUGGCCCCCUGCAGCCGGAAGGUUGCAGCCGCAGGAUCCCCGGAGGCCCAGGACACAGGACAGAGUCUCGUUCUGUCGCCCACGCUGGGGUGCAGUGGUGUGAUCUCGGCUCACUUCAACCUCUGCCUACAGGGUUCAAGGGAUUCUUCUGCCUCAGCUUCCUGAGUAUCUGGGCUCUUGCUCUUGCAGAAUCCACAGGUCUUGAAGAAAUCUGUAGUCAGAACUUUGUGCUGCAUUUUUAUCUAGGAAAGGAACAGAAGAGUGUGGUCUCCUAGAAAUCUGGCACUGGAGAAACGAGGAAAAUUCUUCCAACGAUGGUCUCCCACUCAGAGCUGAGGAAGCUUUUCUACUCAGCAGAUGCUGUGUGUUUUGAUGUUGACAGCACAGUCAUCAGAGAAGAAGGAAUCGAUGAGCUAGCCAAAAUCUGUGGCGUUGAGGAUGCGGUGUCAGAAAUGACACGGCGAGCCAUGGGCGGGGCAGUGCCUUUCAAAGCUGCUCUCACAGAGCGCUUAGCCCUCAUCCAGCCCUCCAGGGAGCAUGUGCAGAGACUCAUAACAGAGCAACCCCCACACCUGACCCCCGGCAUAAGGGAGCUGGUAAGUCGCCUACAGGAGCGAAAUGUUCAGGUUUUCCUAAUAUCUGGUGGCUUUAGGAGUAUUGUAGAGCAUGUUGCUUCAAAGCUCAAUAUCCCAGCAACCAAUGUAUUUGCCAAUAGGCUGAAAUUCUACUUUCACGGUGAAUAUGCAGGUUUUGAUGAGACGCAGCCAACAGCCGAAUCUGGUGGAAAAGGAAAAGUGAUUAAACUUUUAAAGGAAAAAUUUCAUUUUAAGAAAAUAAUCAUGAUCGGAGAUGGUGCCACAGACAUGGAAGCCUGUCCUCCUGCUGAUGCUUUCAUUGGAUUUGGAGGAAAUGUGAUCAGGCAACAAGUCAAGGAUAAUGCCAAAUGGUAUAUCACUGAUUUUGUAGAGCUGCUGGGAGAACUGGAAGAAUAACAUCCAUUGUCGUACAGCUCCGAACAACUUCAGAUGAAUUUUUACAAGUUACACAGAUUGAUACUGUUUGCUUACAAUUGCCUAUUACAACUUGAUAUAGAAAGUUGUUACAGAUGAUCUGUACUUUAAACUACAGUUAGGACUCCUAGAAGAUUGCUUUUUUUUGUUUUAACUGUAGUUCCAGUAUUAUAUGAUGACUACUGAUUUCCUGGAGAGUUUUUUUUUUUUUGAGAUGGAGUCUCGCUCUGUGGCCCAGGCUGGAGUGCAGUGGCGUGGUCUCGGCUCACUGCAAGCUCCGCCUCCCAGGUUCACACCAUUCUCCUGCCUCAGCCUCCCGAGUAGCUGGGACUACAGGCACCUGCCACCACACCCGGCUAAUUUUUUGUAUUUUUAGCAGAGAUGGGGUUUCACCGUGUGAGCCAGGAUGGUCUUGAUCUCCUGACCUUGUGAUCCGCCCACCUCGGCCUCCCAAAGUGCUGGGAUUACAGGCUUGAGCCACCGCGCCCAGCCAAUUUCCUGGAGAGUUUUAUAAUCUGAAUUAUUUAUGUAUAUUCGUAGCUAUAUUUCAUACAAAGUGUUUUAAGGGUGGAGAGUCAAUUAAACACCUUUACUCUUAGAAAUACAGAUUUGGCAGCCUUCAGUGAAUAUUGGUUUCCCUUUGGUAUGUCAAUAAAAGUUUAUCCAUAUGUCAGAACGGAUUUGUGGAA